AGUCGGCGCGGCGUGACGAUAGGACGGCUUCGUCGUGUGCUUGGAUGCGUGUGCGCGUGCGUGCGUGCGCAGCGGGCCGCAGCUUCGUUGAGUCAGAUUGGAUUGAAUUGCAGCUCAGGUGACAAGUCGCACAGGAACCGCGCAGGGCGGACGUGGGCAGAUGCAGAUGCAGGAGGCGGCGUGGGCAGCAACGGUGGGAGCAGCAGCAGGGCGCGUGCUUCCAAUCGUUGGCGCUGGGCCGACAGCGGCCGGCUGCCCUCUUGUACCCUUGACUCACGCUUGUAGAAGUUUCUAUUUCUCCAGCUCUGGGUCGCCCACCGCCCAAGCCCCCCGCACCCGCAAUUGGCACCACUGCUACCACCGUUUCUUCCUCCUCCAUCAUCCGCGACUACCCCGCCGCCGUCCAGCACCACCACCACCACCACCACCACCGCUGCCGUCGCCUCGGACCCUUCCUCCCACCACCACCACCACCACCACCAUCACGACGACGCCCUCACGCAUCCUCGCGACCAGGGUUCCCGCAAUCUCCUGCCUGCGGCGCCUCUACUCGACUGCAGCAAAAAUGAGCGAGAUCCAGUGGCCCGCGCAGAAGGUGCGCAAGACCUUCUUCGACUUCUUCGAGCAGCGGGGUCACGCUAUCGUGCCCUCCGGCUCCGUGGUCCCCCACAAUGACCCCACGCUGCUCUUCACCAACGCGGGCAUGAACCAGUUCAAGCCCAUCUUCCUCGGCACCAUUGGCAAGUCGGACCCCAUGGCCAGCCUCAAGCGCGCUGCCGAUUCGCAAAAAGUCAUCCGCGCCGGCGGCAAGCACAACGACCUCGACGAUGUCGGCAAGGACAGCUACCACCAUACCUUCUUCGAGAUGUUGGGCAACUGGUCCUUCGGCGACUACUUCAAGAAGGAGGCCAUCGCCAUGUCGUGGGAGCUGCUCACAAAGGUCUACGGACUGGAUCCGUCGCGCCUUUACGUCACAUACUUUGAGGGCAGCCCGUCCCUGAACCUCGAACCCGAUCUGGAGGCCAAGGAGCUGUGGAAGGCCAUUGGUGUCCCCGAGGACCACAUCCUCCCCGGAAACAUGAAGGAUAACUUCUGGGAGAUGGGCGAUCAGGGUCCUUGCGGUCCCUGCAGCGAAGUGCACUACGACAAAAUCGGCGGACGCAACGCGGCGAGCCUCGUCAACGAGGACGACCCCAUGGUCGUCGAGAUCUGGAACAUUGUCUUCAUGCAGUUCGAUCGUCAAAAAGACAAGAGCCUGAAGCCCCUGCCCGCCAAACACAUCGACACUGGCAUGGGCUAUGAGCGCCUGGUCUCUGCGCUGCAGAACACCGAGUCCAACUACGCCACCGACUGUUUCACUCCGCUGUUCAAGCAGAUCCAGGAGGUCACGGGCGUCAGGCCCUACACCGACAAGUACGGCAAGGACGACGCAGACGGUAUCGACACCGCCUACCGAGUCGUUGCGGACCACAUCCGAACCCUGUCGUUUGCGAUUUCCGACGGCGCAGUGCCCAACAACGACGGCCGCGGCUACGUUAUUCGACGAAUCCUGCGACGAGGCGUGCGAUAUGCGCGCAAAUACCUCAACGCCGAGAUUGGCUCCUUCUUCUCCAAGAUCCUGCCUGCGUUGGUUGAUCAUAUGGGCGAGCAGUUCCCCGAGCUGGUCAAGAAGCAGGUAGAUCUCAAGGAGAUUCUCGACGAAGAGGAGGAGGCGUUCUCGCGGACGCUGGACCGUGGCGAGGCUCAGUUCGAAAAGUACGCCGCCAAGGCGGCCAAGGACAACGUCAAGAAGCUUGACGGUGACAUCGUGUGGAGGCUCUAUGAUACCUUUGGAUUCCCGGUCGAUUUGACCAAGUUGAUGGCGGAGGAGCGCGGCCUAGACAUCGACGAGGAGGAGGUGAACGUCGCCAAGGAGAAGGCGCGUGAGGCCAGCAAGGCCGUCAAGGAGUCGGUGGAGACGUUUGCGAAGCUCGAUGUGCACCAGAUUGCGGAGCUGGAGCAGCAGCGCAAGGUCAGCCGGACCAACGACGACAGCAAAUUCGUCAAGGGUGAUAGCACGGGCAAGGUGCAGCUCAUCUUCGAUGGCAAGACCUUCCACAACUCCACCAAGGACUUGAAGCCGAAAACUGCCAUCGGCAUCCUGCUGGACAGCACCAACUUCUAUGCCGAGUCUGGUGGUCAGGUUGCCGACACCGGCCGAAUCGUCAUCGACGACGUCGCCGAGUUCAAGGUCAUGGACGUCCAGGAGUACGGCGGCUAUAUCCUUCACAGCGGUUACAUUGAGUAUGGCGAGCUGUCGGCCGGCGACAAGGUCAUCUGCGAGUACGACGAACUCCGGCGGUCGCCGAUUCGCAACAACCAUUCCGGCACGCAUGUACUCAACCACUCGCUGCGACAAGUGCUGGGUGAUGACAUCAACCAGAAGGGCUCUUUGGUCGACAACGAGAAGCUGCGAUUUGACUUUUCGCACAAGGCUCAGGUCAAGAUCGACGAGCUUAGGAAAAUUGAGGACAUGUCGAACGCCGACAUCCGGAAGAACUAUAAGAUCUUCUCCAAGGAUGUUGAUCUGGACCUUGCGCGCCAGAUCGAGGGCGUCCGUGCCGUGUUUGGCGAGACAUACCCCAACCCCGUGCGCGUUGUGUCGAUUGGCAUGGACGUCGACACUAUGCUCAAGGACCCGAAGAAGCCAGAAUGGCGCGAGUAUAGUGUCGAAUUCUGCGGCGGUACCCACGUCGAGCAGACGGGCCUGAUCAAGGACCUCGUCAUCGUCGAGGAGAGCGGCAUCGCCAAGGGUAUCCGCCGUAUCAUCGCCUACACUGGCGAGGCGGCGCACCAGGUGCAGCGAGAGGCAGCCGAGUUUGCCAAGACGCUGGAUGCGCUCGAGGCGUUGCCGUUCGGUGCCGAGAAGGAGGCUCAGGUCAAGGCCGUGUCGCAAGAACUGAGCCAGCUGGUCAUCUCUACCCUCACCAAGGAUGAGUUCAACCAGCGGUUCCAAAAGAUUACCACGUCGGUCGUCAACGAGCAGAAGAAGCGUCAGAAGGCCGAGACCAAGACGGCCCUCGACACGGUGCUCAAGCACUUUGAGAAGAACGAGGACGCCAAGUGGUUCGUCGGCAGGCUGCCCAUUGGCGGCAACGCCAAGGCCUUAACGGAGGUGAUCAAGCACUUCCAGGGCAAGGACAAGGAGAAGUCUGUCUAUCUCUUUGGCGGCAGCAAGGAAGACGGCGCCGUGGUUCAUGGCGUGUUUGUCGGCUCGCAUCUCGCGUCCCAGGGCGUCACCGCCGAGAAGUGGGCGGCUUCGGUGUCCGAAGUUGUCGGCGGCCGGUCUGGCGGCAAGGAGCCCACACGGCAGGGCCAGGGCACCAACCCGGACAAGAUUGACGACGGUGUGGAGACGGCGACGAAGUGGCUGGAUGAGAAGCUGAAGCUGUAGGAUGGAUUUAUGUAACAUGAGCUGGGAUGGAUGAGGUCGGUUGGAGGGGGGGAUGUCUAUCGCGUCGUCGUCGUUCGGCCAACCCCCCGCCGCCUGAUUAGAUAGGUGGAUGGAUCUUGGGCUUUUUUGGGGAAUUAACUAGAUGCCAACUUCGGUUAGGGUGGGCAUGUUUCCGGCGCGAGUGUGAAAAAUACUAGUUUGAAGGUCGACGACGCAGACUAGGACCCGAAAAGGGGGAGGGGUUUGCCGUCUGGCUCGGUUGACAGAAAUAGACGUCACGAUUGAGUCCUCCCUGUAGCUCGGGUGUAGCUCAGGUGGCAACUGGGUGAGCGGCGGCAAUAGUAUACGAGCGAUUGCCGAGCCAGAAGGGGGUAUAUUCGCCUGUCAUGCCGU